UCCAGUGCUGGGGCCCCGGGUUGGGAGGCAGCUCCUGCUGAAGAAGGCGUGCAGGGAGGGCUGUCGCCCAGGCUAGGAUGCAGGUGUGCAAGAGGUGGCAGGAGGAUGAGCAUUAGCAGCCUGCGUGUCUGCUGGGGGAGGUGCAACCGCGCUCUGCCUGGCACGAAGAGGCACCUGGACUGUGGGCUGGGCAGACCCCUGGGUAGGCCUUUCCUUCUCCACCCCUCCCUUUUGCCCUGAAAAAGCCCAAAUGACCAGAUCCCGGGCUCAUAGGGCGAACACCACUGGGAAGGGCCCGGGCUGCUCUGGAAAAAGUCAUCAAUGACUGGUCUGGGGCUUCUGCCCCCUUCUGUACACUCUUGGAGCCCUGGGCCCAGUCUUCGGUGUGUAAGGUAAGAAGUGUCAGAGUCAAUGACCUGUGCACCAUUCGAGCUACUCUUUGUCCCUUCCGUCUGAAUCCUGGGUAGGAGGUGGCACCUGUAGGCUUGUUGGAGCCAUACAAAGAGUGCUGAUCAUGACUUAUUGGAACCCUGACGACUCUCUCUCACCAACGUCCUGGCACGGUGGUUGAUGCCCUCGGCAACCUGUGCCUCCACAGCCAAUUUCUAUUCCCCGUUUUCAUGCUUCCACACAGCUGCCUCUUUCCUGCCACUACUCCACACCUUGCCCAUGGUUUCCACCUGCUUUGUUCACUUGGGGGAACUCCUACUCAGCCUUCAAGAGCAGCUUGGGGCUAUGAGCAGAAGACAACCAUUAGUCCUAGUCUUAACUUUAAUUGAUUAAUUAAUUAAUCUAUUUAUUUAUUUACCUAUUGGGUGUGUGUGUUCGUAUGUGCAUGCCACACAACGUGUGUGGGAGUCAGAAGACAACUUGUCAGAAUUGGUUGUCUCCCGCUGCCCUGUGGGUCCUGGGAUUGAAAUUCUGGUUAUCAGGCUUGGAGGCAGGCCACUAACCACGACUGGCUGGGCCAUCAUGCCCUUGCUUUCCUCCUUUUUAAUUGUAUGUUUGUGUGUGCAGGUGCUGGCAGGGGCCAGCGGCAUCAAAUACCCCAGAGCUGGGGUUACAGGUGGUUGGGAGUCAUCCCAGAGAGUGCUGGGCUCAGUCUUCUGCGAGCAGAGCACUGCUCUUAACAGAUAAGCUUGUGGACUUUUAUGGAGACAAGCCAAAGGUGAGAGAAGAAAGCCAGCCUGUCCAGCACCAUGGCCGGCAGCAGGGGCCUGCCACUCCUACUGCUGGUGCCUCAGCUCUUCCUGGGCCCUGUGCUGCCUGUGAGGGCACCUGUGUUUGGCCGAAGUGACACCCCCACCCUGAGCCCCGAGGAGAAUGAAUUUGUGGAGGAAGAGAAUCAGCCAGUGCUGGUUCUGAGCUCCGAGGAGCCAGAGCUUGGCCCAGCCACCAUCGACUGUCCCCGAGAUUGUGCCUGUUCCCAGGAAGGUGUCGUGGACUGUGGUGGCAUUGACCUGCGUGAGUUUCCAGGCGACCUGCCCGAGCACACCAACCAUCUCUCCUUGCAGAACAACCAGCUGGAGAAGAUCUACCCGGAGGAGCUGUCCAGGCUGCAGCGGCUGGAGACGCUGAACCUGCAAAACAACCGCCUGACAUCCCGAGGGCUCCCAGAGGAGGCAUUUGAGCAUCUUACUAGCCUCAAUUACCUGUACCUGGCCAACAACAAGCUGACAUUGGCACCCCGAUUCCUGCCAAACGCCCUGAUCAGUGUGGACUUCGCUGCCAAUUAUCUCACUAAGAUCUAUGGACUCACCUUUGGCCAAAAGCCAAAUCUGAGGUCUGUGUACCUGCAUAACAACAAGCUAGCAGAUGCCGGGCUCCCGGACCACAUGUUCAACGGCUCCAGCAACGUCGAGAUCCUAAUCCUGUCCAGCAACUUCCUACGCCACGUGCCCAAGCACCUGCCACCUGCUCUGUACAAGCUGCACCUCAAGAACAAUAAGCUAGAGAAGAUCCCCCCUGGGGCCUUCAGUGAGCUGAGCAACCUACGGGAACUGUACCUGCAGAACAACUACCUGACGGAUGAGGGUCUGGACAACGAGACCUUCUGGAAGCUGUCCAGCCUGGAGUACCUGGACUUGUCCAGCAACAACCUGUCGAGGGUCCCAGCGGGUCUUCCCCGCAGCCUGGUCCUGCUGCACCUGGAGAAAAAUGUCAUCCAGAGCGUAGAAGCUGAUGUGCUGACACCCAUCCGCAACCUGGAGUACCUGCUGUUACACAGCAACCAGCUGCAGGCCAAGGGUAUCCACCCACUGGCCUUCCAGGGCCUCAAGAAACUCCACACAGUGCAUCUAUACAACAACGCGCUGGAACGUGUGCCCAGCGGCCUGCCCCGCCGAGUGCGCACCCUCAUGAUCCUGCACAACCAGAUUACGGGCAUAGGCCGUGAGGACUUCGCCACCACCUACUUCCUGGAAGAGCUCAACCUCAGCUACAACCGCAUCACCAGCCCUCAGAUGCACCGAGACGCCUUCCGCAAGCUACGCCUGCUGCGUUCACUUGACUUGUCUGGCAACCGCCUGCAAACGCUGCCUCCAGGCCUGCCGAAAAACGUACAUGUGCUCAAAGUCAAGCGGAAUGAGCUGGCUGCCCUGGCACGGGGGGCACUAGCUGGCAUGGCCCAGCUUCGGGAACUCUACCUCACAGGCAACCGACUGAGAAGCCGGGCCCUGGGACCCCGUGCCUGGGUGGACCUUGCUGGUCUGCAGCUGCUGGACAUCGCUGGGAAUCAGCUCACAGAGGUCCCUGAGGGGCUCCCCCCAUCUCUGGAGUAUUUGUACCUGCAGAAUAACAAGAUUAGUGCCGUUCCUGCCAACGCCUUUGACUCCACUCCCAACCUCAAGGGGAUCUUUCUCAGGUUCAACAAGCUGGCUGUGGGCUCCGUGGUGGAAAGCGCCUUCCGGAGGCUGAAACACCUGCAGGUCUUGGACAUUGAAGGCAACUUUGAGUUUGGUAAUGGUUCCAAGGACCGUGGCCACAAAGAUGAGGAAGAGGAAGAAGAGGAGGAGGAGGAAGAUGAGGAAGAGGAAACUAGAUAGGACAAAGUGACAUGGAUGAAACCCAGCAGCCUGGCUUCCGACACCCCCUUACUUUGAUCCACUUCACCCACGGCUGGUUGUAGCUAGUCCUGACUCUCCAACGUGUUCCACAGGACGAUGGACUACCGGACUCCUUUCUGCAGCCCAGGCCUGUGCCCCAUGAGCGCCCCCUUCUGACACACCCAACGCUGAGCCCAAGAGGCACCCGAAAGUCACACGGGCUGAACACAGUCUCGUGUCCCACCCCUUCCAGCAAUGUGUCACACAGUCAGACACGUGCAGAUACCACUUCACCACCACGCCCCCAGUUUGGCCACGUAGAUAGCCAGCUGCAUAUGACCUUCCAAACUGGCUCUCUGCACAAUCUCACACUGACACUCACACACACACACACACACACACACACACACACACACACACACCCUCACCUCUGAGUCCACACUGGCCUGGUAGACUCAGGCAGCUACCCUCUCCCCUAUUCACUUACACAGAGUGACUUAUGCUACCAAAAGCUCUUGCUUCCAGCCAGCUCUGGUCGGAAACAGUUGGCCAUGUGCCUUGUCCUCUGGUCCCUCCCUUGGAGACGCAGGGUUGUCUCCUUGCUCUGUGGCUGGGUGCUUUUCACAAAAGCUGGCUUUUGUUUUGUGCCUUCCCUAUGGGGACUUGAACCUUCUGCCUUCGACCACAGCCUCACCUCCUCCCCCCAGGUGCUGGGCACUCCUACUGCUGGGAGUCCCUUUUUGUUGUGCCCUGGCAGG